GUUGAGUCUGCCAUAAUCAAAUGAGCAGCAGUUAAAGCAGCAGCUGCUCACAGCUGCCUUGACAUUUUUUAAGUUAAUCUCAAGUGAUGGGGAAAAAACACCUUUGUUUGGGACCAUACCUAGACUGACCCGAAGCAUAGCGGGGGUUUCUUCUGCUUCUGACAAUAUUGAAAAGACAAGGGACAAGCUAAAAUGGUGUGCUCCGUCGGUGGUGACUUCAAGAGAUGAUGCUUUGAAGAGACAAAGCUCAAAACAUAACGGGUUUAACUAAGAGAUUAAUGGACUGCGCAGAGAUCAAAGUUGAAAUGGCUGCGGAGGGGCUGCUGGAACCUCUCGUCAUCAUCGAAGAGGGAGACGUAACCGAGGGCGUCAUCGAAAGAGGUGCAGCGAGCAGAUCAGUUGUCAUCGCACAGAGCAGCAGCGGAGACUCGGCUCUGAAAAAGGAAGAGGAACAUACAGGAGAGGACAAGAAUGAAGAAGAUAUAGCGGGUAAAAUGUGUUCAGAAGAGCAGAAUCGGGAGAAACAACCAGUCAACGCAAAGGACAACCAAACAGGAGGGGUUGUUGUGAAUGAAGGAGACAAAAAAGAAGAUGAUAAACCAGAGGAAACUGAGAACAUGAAUGAUGGACAGAACAGCGGUGCUGGUGAGAGUGAAGGGAAGACUCAUGAGGUGAUGAGGAUUAAUGAAAAAACAGAGAAACCCAGUGACACAGAGGAUGAAAAUGUCACACAAAAUAACCCUGAAGUAGACAUAAAGAGGUUAAAUUCCUCCGAGGAACAACCUGAAGGGACAAAAAACCAAGAAGAGGAUCCAAAAAAGGCUCACCGGUUAACCCCUGACUUCCCGGAGGCCCUGUACGAGCUGCUCUGCACCCUUCAGGAGGGGAGGCGGCUCAAUGACCAGCGCUGCUCCUUCAGGCUGGAGAGCGGGAUCAGGAGGAGGAGGUGCCACUCUGAGCCCAACACCAGCAAGCCAGCCAACAGAGUCGUUUUUUCCUCCAUGACUUCACUGCAGAAAGAGGAGUUUUUUGAGCUGGUGGCCACAUCUCAAGCUCGCCGGCUGGAUGACCAGAGGGCGCAGCUUGAAAAGUCUCCGCCACCAAAACCAAAAGCCAGGAGCUUCAGAGGCAGCAUAAAACAACUCUCUUUUGUGAAAAGGCCUUCACCAGUUCCUGCGCCGGUUCCUGUGCCAGUUCCUGUGCCCAAUGAGGAUCUGUAUAAUAUGAUUCUCACAACACAAGCUCAAGGCAGGCUGGAGGACCAGCGCAGCAGGGCUCCUGGUCCCAUGGACGACGAGGACUUCUUCUCCCUGCUCCUGAGAGUCCAGGGCGGGCGCAUGGACGAGCAGAGGACUGAACUACCUUGCUUGCUGCAAACCUGAGAUGAAAAACAAAAAAACUGUGGGGCUACAGCGGAAGCCAGCCAGUAUUGUGGCUUUUUUUUUUUUUUUUUUUGGCCAGAUUUCCUUUUAAAAUAGGUUUUUUAUUUGUUGACCCUGUUGAUGCUUUGUUUUAGGGAAUUGCUAUUCCUCUUGAUAGUGUUGGUCAGUGUUGAAGCUCUUGAGUUUGUAGCAAAAAACGCUAAUGUUUGAGCAACAGAGCUUUUGAUGUGACUUGAGGGAGGUUCCUGAUGCGAUUGUGACGUUUACUGCUAAUUCUUUCAUAGUAAAUAAGAUCAGUAGAUGUGCCUUCUUAUCUUGCCAAAUUUUUGAUUUUUACUGAGUGACUGCGACGAGUGAUUGAAUGAUUUUUUUGUGCGUUCUAGUUGUUAAUGUGGAGGAGGAAGUCUUCUAAUCUCUAUUGUUUCUCAUUAUUUGUACAGAGACAUUAAACACACCAAGGAAUGUUGGUGUAGAAAUAAUAGCUCCAAGGCCACACAGUGCUUGACUGUAUAUGGAUUAUUCUCCUCCAGAAAAUAAACAAAACGUGUAUCUGA